AUGGCGACUCACACUCAAAUUGGGCCCGAGCCCAUAAACGAGGUGUCGAUCCCCGAUAUUGAAAAGGUCGCCGGCAACGAAAAGAACAAUGAGAUCGCCGAGGAGGACCUCAAGGACUUGUCCGAUGAUGAGUUCAAGCAGCAGGGUGUCAAGAAGGCCGAGGCCAUGACUACUGUCUGGUCGAAGCAGAUGCUGAUUGCCACCUUUAUCUUCGUCUGGCUUGUCGCCUUUGUCGACAGUCUCCUCCAAGCCGUCCAGUCCAACCUCGUCCCCUACGUAACAUCCGCUUUCGCCCAGCACGGCCUCAUCGCGACCACGAGCAUCGUCGCCACCAUCCUCGGUGGCGUCUGCGCCCUGCCUAUUGCCAAGGUCAUUGACAUCUGGGGUCGUGUCUGGGGCUUUGGCUCCAUGGUGCUCCUCAUUGUCGUCGGCAUGAUCAUGAAGGCCACCUGCAAGAACGUCGAGAUGUACGCCGCCGCUCACACGCUUUACUGGGUUGGCCAUCUUGGUCUCAUCUAUGUUAUCGACGUGGUUGUCGCUGAUACCACGACCCUCCGAAACCGAUUGAUCAUCAUGGGUCUCAACUAUACGCCCACCAUCUCGUCGACGUUUGCUGGUCCCAAGAUUGCCGAGCUGUUUUACGUCAACGUCAACUUCCGCUGGGCUUUUGGUGCUUUCUGCAUUAUCCUGCUUGCCUUUUGCAUUCCCGUCAUGGUCAUCUUCAUCAUGAGCGAGAUCAAGGCUCAGAAGCUGGGUCUUGCCCCCGAAAAGGUGCACAACCGCACCGUGUGGGAGUCUAUCAAGUACCACUUUGUGCAGUUUGAUGUUAUCGGCCUCAGCCUCACCACCUUUGGAUGGUCGCUUCUCCUGCUCCCCUUCAACCUCGCCUCCAAGGCCCCCAACGGCUGGGCUAGCGGCUACAUCAUCGCCAUGAUAGUCCUCGGAGUCGUUCUCAUCGCCGCCUUUGUUGUCUGGGAGAAGUUUUUCGCCCCUGUGCCUUACUUCCCCUUCCACCUCCUCUCCAACCGCACCGUCCUGGGUGGCUGCCUCAUCUACGGCCUCAUGUUUGCCUCCAUCUUCUGCUGGGAUGGCUACUACGGAUCUUACCUGCAGGUUGUUCACUUCGAGAGUAUCACCACUUCCGGUUACAUUCUCAACUCGUUCUCCCUGAUGGCCGCCUUCAUUGGUCCAUUCGUUGGACUUGCCAUCCGAUACCUCGGACACUUCAAGUGGCCUUCCUUCAUCGGCGUCCCCUUCAUGGUUCUCGGCACUGCCCUGCUCAUCCACUUCCGUCACUCCCACACCGCUGUCAACUGGCUCGUCAUGUGUCAGCUCUUCAACGGUAUUUACAGCGGAAUCUGGUCCCUGACUGCUCGUCUCGCCGUCAUGUCCUCGGUCAACCACCAGGAUGUCGCCGUCGCCCUCGCUCUGUGGGGUAUGUUUGGUUCCAUUGGCGCUGCUAUCGGUCUUGCCAUCGCCGGCGGUAUCUGGACCAACGUCCUCCCUGGUGAGCUGGCUAGACGCCUCCCCGAGUCUGCUCAGAACAUGACUGCUACCAUCUACGGCGAUAUCACGGUUCAGAUGAGCUACGCCAGGGACUCCCCUGAGCGCGAUGCCAUCAUUGGUGCCUACGAUGUCGUUCAGCAGAAGAUGGUUAUUGCUGGUGCUUGCUUUAUCCCUUUCACCGUGCUGUGCCUGUUCAUGUGGAAGAACAUUGACAUCCGCAAGAAGGAUGCCCGCAGCACCCAGGCCCAGGGUAUGGUCUUCUAG